AACCGCGUCCAACAUUUUCAGAUUCACAUUUAAACCUGAUUAUCUCUCUCAUAUCACCUCUCUCUCUCUCUCUCUUUCUAUCGCAACGUUGUGGAGUUUUUAGAAGACGGUUACCGGCGGACGCCAUUUUUUGGUUGGUUUCUGCAAGCGUAUACAGGGGCGCUAUUUCGCAAGAUAUCCAAGUGCGUUAUUUCAGUGUCUGUCUUGCUAGAUUACUUAACGGGUUUAGGGUUUUUUAAAGUAAAUUAAUGGAGAAUACAAAAAAUAUUUGCAAUGAUUUAAUCUCAGCCAAGGCAAACACCAUCCCAAUGCCACCUCCAUUGCCUAAAUCUGCAAUCAGUAGUCAUCUGCAGAAGGGCUUGGUUUCAAGUGAAUCCUUGCAAAGGGGAUACAGCUGCGUUUCCACUGCACUACGAGACCGCUGGGACAGCCUCUUUGACGAAGCCUAUGGAGCAGAUGUUACUAUCCAUACAGAUCAUGGUGGCAUUGUAUAUGCACAUGCCUAUGUCCUCGGCAUGGCUUCUCCUGUGAUGAAAGGCAUGUUAAAGCAAUCAAAAACGUCUGGUAGGAAGCUGUCGAUCUCAAUCCAUGGAGUUCCACCUGAUUGCGUUAAAGCAUUUGUUAGAUAUCUUUACUCAUGCAGAUACGAGAAGGAAGAUAUGGAGGAAUUUGUAAUGCCUCUGCUGGUGCUGUCACAUGUAUAUGUAGUUCCCCAGCUGAAGAGAGAGUGUGAGAGGCAACUGGGUCGUGGUUUGUUAACACUUGAAAAUGUUGUAGAUGUUUUCCAACUUGCAUUACUGAGUGAUGCUCCCCAUCUCAGCCUACUUUGCCACCGUAUGAUCCUAAAGAACUUCAAAACCGUUUCUGCCACCGAAGCUUGGCAAUCAAUGCGGCAAAGCCACCCUGUUCUUGAAAAGGAACUUCUUGAAUCUUUAAUUGAGGAAGACAAUAAGCAAAAGAAAAGAGAGAAGAAAAAGAAUGAAAGGCAGAUCUAUUUGGAGCUAUUUGAGGCAAUGGAGGCUCUUGUUCAUAUAUGUAGAGAUGGUUGUCGCACAAUUGGCCCACACGACAAAGACUUCAAGGUGAACCAGCCGCCAUGUAAAUACGCAGCCUGCAAGGGGCUGGAGUUGCUUAUCCGCCACUUUGCAGGCUGCAAACUAAGAGCCCCUGGUGGUUGUACCCAAUGCAAGAGAAUGUGGCAACUCUUGGAGUUGCACUCUCAUCUUUGUGCAGAUUCUAGUCUCUGUAGAGUCCCUUUGUGCAGGAAUUUCAAGGACAGGAUUAGAAAACUGGGCAGGAAAAAUGAAAUGAAAUGGAGAUUGUUAGUAAAGAAGAUUCUGAGGACGAAGGGAGUAGCAAGAACACCAUUUUUUUUUACGACAGAAACCAUAUCUAUAUGAGGGGGCAAAAACCCUGUAUUCUUCUUGAAUAACCAAAUUCAUUCAUUCUGUAAAUUUUUCUUCUUCUUUUGACUGCCCAAUUGUAUUCCUUGUACAUCACAGAUCAAGAAAUGAGAUCAAAAUUUACUUGGUACA